CAAACGCAAUUAGUUUAAAAUGAGCUUUUCUUAAUUAACCAUUUAAUUAACAAAAAAUCAAUAUCAUAAUAAACUAAUAAUAAUAAUAAUAUCAACUCCACUCGCACCCUCCUGUUUCCUCAUCGCAUUUCAUUCCAACCACCCUCUCUCUCUCUCUCUCUCUCUCUCUGAUUCUUCGUUUCAGAUAGAUAGAAAAUGCUGGGUUCUCGAUUCUGCGUCCAAACGAUCUCCGGCGUGGGGUGCGUCGCAGCCGAUCACACGAAUGCCGCCACCGUUCGUUCCGUUUCCCACUCCGUCGCCGUCGAUUUCUCGCCGCUGCACCUUCCAGUGCUUCGGACACGACGCUUUCGCUGCCCCAAAUCCAUUCUCAUUUCGUGUAACUCUUCUCGGCGCAGAUCCACUUCCGAUGAUGCUCACAACAACGAUUAUCUCGAAGCUUCCGUACUUCUCUCAGAAACAAUUUCCCACUAUCAGAUGUGGAAGCAUAGAUUUCAAUGGAAAUCGUCCACACCAUCAAUUCCCUUGUCUGUCCAGAACAGAAUUUCAAGAACGGAUAAUGGUUUAUCAAGACAAGGCUUUCUACAGCGUUUUCAGAACCCCACAAUUUUUCUCAGGAUUUCUUGUGAUGGGGAUUAUAUUCUGCCCAUUGUUGUAGGGCAGAUUGCUGUUGAAAAACUUAUAGAUACUGAGGUUGAACAAGAAAGAGGGGAUUGCCCUGAUCAGUUUCAGUUUGUGAAAAGCCUAGUUGGAAGACUAGACCAUGAAGUGAUAAUGGUGAGAAUUACAGAGAGAGUGGUCAGUACUUACUAUGCCAGAUUGUACCUUAGCCAGCCAGGGAAAAGUGAUCUUAUCAGUGUGGAUGCACGUCCCUCAGAUGCCAUCAAUGUUGCAAAUAGAUGCAAGGCUCCAAUAUAUGUAAGUAAACAAAUUGUUUUCACAGAUGCUAUCAGACUUGGUUAUGGAAUGGGCAGAGUGCAUAAUAAAAAGGCUAUUUAUGACGUAUUGCUUGACAGUCCUGUAGAUGGACCAGAUUUGGUUGCUCAAGAACUAAGUAUGAUGCAUAAUAUGCACAUAGCUAUCAAACAGGAAAGAUUUAAAGAUGCAGCUAUAUGGAGAGACAAACUUGCAAAUCUUCGUAAAUCAGCUCAUGAACACUAAUUAGCUUGUUAGUUCUGAAGAAGAAUUUGUGGGUAUCUAUUUCCUGAUAAUUUUUCAACAGGAAUAUAUCGGGGUAUAAGUUAUAGAAAUGAAAGAAAGUAACAAAAUUAUGUGUUGUACAGCUUUGCAUUAGAGUGGUCGACCCCAGUUUAUGUACAUCAAAUGUAUUAAAAUUCCCUAGACCUUGUACUAAUACUAAGAAUGACAAGGUACGUCACAACGAUGAUCCCGUAUGUAUGCAAUCCUGGACACGAUCAUCAAUAAAAAAGAAAAAAAGAUUAAUC